UGACUCAGCCACCCAGGUGCCCCCAAAUUGAGAGGUUUUAAAACUGAAAGGUUGCAUAGGCUAAUUUCUAAGAUAAUUAAAGAGAAUAAUAAGAGCAAUUUAGAGUCGGUUAAGUUAGAGCUAGAAGUUCAAUGGGAGGCCAGUGAUGUGGAAGGAUAACAAAGGCAUAUCAAUCUAUUUCCUAUUAGAAAGAAAUUCACACAGAAGUCUAAGGCAUCUGCAAAUUUUAAGUUGAAAAGAAUGACUUUAGAAAGUGGAUUCAGGGGCACCUGUCUGGCUCAGUCAUAAAUAAAUAAAUAAAUAAAUAAAUGGAUUCAGAAUUACAAAAACUUAAGAUGUUUAUUAUCAUUAGUGAUAAUUCCCACAUAAUUGGUUUGUUAUGCAUGAAUAUGUUAUUUGUAAUUAUUAUUAAUGGUCUCUAAUAGAAGUUGCAUGUCUUUUAUUUCUGAUACUAAUCAGUGGGUGAAGAGCAUUGUCAAUUUUUGUAUUAAAUUGUUUCAGUAGGGCAUGGCUGGUAACCAGAUUAAAAAAAAAAAAAGAACCAGAUUUAUGUAGGGAAUGUGGAUCUAUGCUGGAUGUUUUAUGAACAAACACGAAGGAUUCCAGCCUAGAAGCAUUACUGAAAUUGCUUUUAGGAAAACCUGUCGGCUGGGGCAUCAUUUUGUCCGUCUGAGAGAACAAAGUUCUCCUGUCUCACAUUCUCAUCAGAGUAAAUAAUUGUACAACUUAAAUUCUCCAUCCUGUACAACCUCUUCAAAUUUUUUAUUUCCUUUGAUUUAAUUGUAAGGCUGGACUCCUCUGCCCGACUCGCAUGUUUAUGCUGCACAGGCUUUGGAAUCGGUAGCCAAUCCUCACCAAGACUGAUUAUUUAAGAGCUGAGUAGCGUAAGAACAAACUUCUUGCCAACUUAAGAAAAAUGAAAUUUGCCAAGAGUUGAUUAAAGUAAUACAGAAAGAGACAGUGCUCCCGCCCACGAUAAUGUCCACCCAACUAACUUCAUACUUACAGGUUUUUUUUCUCCUUCCCCUUACUCUGUUCACAUUUGCUGAUUCUCUCACACCUGAUGACUCUUCUCUCAAAUGCCCAUCCUUGGUGUUUCUUCGAAGUUUUGUGCACCGAGGGCGGCCUGAGCCUCUGGAUCUCCACUUGGGCAUGUUCUUGCCUACUUUACUUCACCAGGCAACCGCGGAGCAGCAGGAACGCUUCUUCAUGCCCGCCUGGAACUUGGAGAUCAUUGGCACUUACGCCCAGACAGAGAUGGGCCAUGGAACUCAUCUCCGAGGCUUGGAAACCACAGCCACUUACGAUCCUGAAACUCAGGAGUUCAUUCUCAACAGCCCUACUGUGACCUCCAUCAAGUGGUGGCCUGGCGGACUUGGGAAGACUUCAAAUCAUGCAAUAGUUCUUGCCCAACUCAUCACUAAGGGGAAAUGCUACGGAUUACAUGCCUUCAUCGUACCUAUUCGUGAAAUUGGGACCCAUAAGCCUUUGCCAGGUAUUACCGUGGGAGAUAUCGGCCCCAAAUUUGGCUAUGAUGAGAUGGAUAAUGGCUACCUGAAGAUGGACAAUUAUCGUAUUCCCAGAGAAAACAUGCUGAUGAAGUAUGCCCAGGUGAAGCCUGAUGGCACGUACGUGAAACCUGUGAGUAACAAGCUGACCUACGGGACCAUGGUGUUUGUCAGGUCCUUCCUUGUAGGAGAAGCUGCUCGGUCUCUGUCCAAGGCUUGCACCAUUGCCAUCCGGUACAGCGCUGUGAGGCACCAGUCCGAAAUCAAGCCAGGUGAACCAGAACCACAGAUUUUGGAUUUUCAGACCCAGCAGUAUAAACUCUUCCCACUCCUGGCCACUGCCUAUGCCUUCCAGUUUGUAGGUGCGUACAUGAAGGAGACCUACCAUCGAAUUAAUGAGGACAUUGGCCAAGGGGAUCUGAGUGAACUGCCUGAGCUCCACGCCCUCACUGCCGGCCUGAAGGCUUUCACCUCCUGGACAACUAAUGCUGCUCUCGAAGCCUGUCGGAUGGCGUGUGGUGGACAUGGCUACUCCCACUGCAGUGGCCUUCCAAAUAUCUAUGUCACUUUUACCCCCACCUGCACCUUUGAGGGAGAGAACACUGUCAUGAUGCUGCAGACGGCUAGGUUCCUGAUGAAAAGUUACGACCAAGUGCACGCAGGGAAGUUGGUGUGCGGCAUGGUGUCCUACUUGAAUGGCCUGCCCACUCAGCGCAUCCAGCCGCAGCAGGUAGCAGUGUGGCCAGCUGUGGUGGACAUCGACAGCCCCGACAGCCUAACGGAAGCAUACAAACUUCGUGCGGCCAGAUUGGUGGAAGUUGCUGCAAAAAACCUUCAAAAUGAAGUGAUUCACAGAAAAAGCAAGGAGGUAGCAUGGAACCUAACUUCCGUUGACCUUGUUCGAGCAAGCGAGGCACAUUGCCACUAUGUGGUAGUUAAGCUCUUUUCAGAAAAACUCCUCAAAAUUGAAGAUAAAUCUGUCCACGCUGUCUUAAGGAAUUUGUGUCUCUUGUAUUGUCUGUAUGGAAUCAGUCAGAAGGCAGGGGAUUUUCUUCAGGGAGGUAUCAUGACAGAGUCUCAGAUUACCCACGUAAAUCAGCGCAUAAAGGAGUUGCUGAUUGCAAUUCGCCCAGAUGCUGUUGCUUUGGUGGAUGCGUUUGAUUUUCAAGAUGUGACACUUGGCUCUGUGCUUGGCCGUUAUGAUGGGAAUGUGUAUGAGAAUUUGUUUGAGUGGGCCAAGAAAUCCCCACUGAACAAAUCAGAGGUACAAGAAAACAAUGUCUUUUCACCUUUUGAAAUUCUUCAUUACAUAUUAAGGCAGGAAAGACCUCAGAAGUGACUCCUCUGUGAAAGUUUUGUUGUUUUUUUUAAAGAUUUUAUUUAUUUAUCUGA